AUGAACGGAGAACUGUUUGCACGUUAUUUAACAAACGUGAACAUCAUGAUGAAACGACAGAAAAGAAAAAUCUUGCUCCUAAUGGACAAUGCACCAAGCCAUAUCAUCCCAAAGAAACUGUCAAACAUUAAAAUUCACUUUCUGCCACCAACCACGACGAGCCAUCUUCAACCACUCGAUGCUGGCAUUAUCCAAGCUUUCAAAGGACAGUACAGGCGAAUGCAACUUCAACGACUGGUACAGUGUAUUGAUGAGAACAAGACCGGUAAAGAUCUGCAGCUACCACUGAGUGACGGCAUUCGUUUUGUGAAACAUGCUUGGGAUAUCGUCAGUGCCACCACCAUCAAAAAUUGUUGGAUUCACACAGGGGUCGUUCCUCGGGACCCUCAUACCGACUUGCAUCAAGCACCAGCCAAUGAAACGACAGCGUUGCGAGAUCUGGUCGGUGACGUCACGGGCCAGCUUUCAAUCGACGAACAGCUGAGAAUGGAUGUUGACGAGUUUGUCAACAUUGACAACGAAGCAGAGACAUUUGCUAAUAUCAAUGACGAGCAGAUUCUUGAAAGUGUAGAACAGAUUCACAACGAAACAACUGAUGACCAGGAAGAAGAGUCUGACGCUGAACCGGAACCCAUUCCGUCGGCGGUUAGUGCCAGGGAUGCCAUGAACACGGUGAUACGUUUUGUAGAAAGGAAUCAACAUUCUGUUGAUUCAGAUAUUAACAUUUUGACAGCCUUCCAAACACGACUGAAUGAGAUAAUUCUAUCAGGUGCUCAGCAAAAAAACAUUCUGAACUUUUUCAAAAAAGAUUAA